CACACCACGCACCAUGCCGCCGAAUCUGACUGAGGCGAAGCGGGCCAUCUCCUCGCUGUCUCUGGGCGGAGGAGGUGCGGAGCUGGUGAGGAGGGGAGCCGGGGACGGGGAGCUGGCCAGGCCCGACCAGCCGUCUCGCUGCACCUGGAGGCCGGGGGCGGACGCUAUCACCAGCCCGCACCGGCGCCGCUGCCCGUACCCCAGCGGCCGCGAUGACCGCAAAUCUAUGAACAACAUCCUCAAAAUGAUUGGAAGCACGCCACUGGUGAAGCUCAACAAGAUUCCGCAAUCGCUUGGAUUGAAAUGUGAAAUGUACGUCAAGUGUGAGUACUUCAACCCGGGUGGCAGCAUCAAGGACCGCGUGGCCAUGCGGAUGGUGGAGGAGGCUGAGAGAGACGGCAGACUGAAGCCGGGAGCGACGCUGAUCGAGCCCACCUCCGGAAACACCGGCAUCGGCCUGGCCCUGGUGGCGGCUGUCAAGGGCUACCGCACCAUCAUCGUGAUGCCGGAGAAGAUGUCCAACGAGAAGGUGGCCGUGCUGCGCGCCCUGGGAGCGGAGAUUGUCCGCACGCCGACCUCUGCCUCCUGGGACUCGCCAGAGAGUCACAUCUCCGUGGCACAGCAGCUUCAGAAGGAGAUACCUGGCGCUGUCAUUCUCGACCAGUACCGGAACGCUGGGAACCCGCUGGCUCACUACGACACGACGGCGGCGGAGAUCCUGGAACAGUGCGGGGGACAAGUCGACAUGGCCGUCGGAGGUACCGGCACUGGCGGAACCAUCACCGGCCUGGGGCGCCGACUGAAGGAGAGUAACCCCAACUGUGUGAUCGUGGGCGUGGACCCGCACAGUUCGGUGAUGGGCUACGGGGACGGAGCCGAGAACUGCGGCCCGUCCGGAGCCGUGGAGGGGAUCGGCUCAGAGUUUCAGCCCACAGUGCUCGACUACGGCGUCAUUGACAAGUGGGUGAAGAUGAGUGACAAGCCGGCCUUCCUGAUGGCGCGUCGCCUGAUCCGGGAGGAGGGGUUGCUGAUCGGCGGCAGCAGUGGAGCCGCCGUCCACGCCGCGUGCCAGGCGGCCUGUGACCUGCCCGAGGGUUCUCGAGUGGUCGUCAUUCUCCCGGACAGCGUCCGAAACUACAUGACCAGGUUCCUGGAUGACGACUGGAUGGCCACCCGUGGCUUCUGCGACUCCCUGGUGCCCAAACAUGACACCUGGUGGGACCAGCUCCUUGUGUCUGUACUGAAGGUGACGGCUCCCAUGACGGUGCUGCCGGAGGUCACUGUCCAGGACGCCGUCGACAUCAUGAAGAGGGAGAAAUUCGACCAGCUGCCCGUCAUCAAUGACGCAGGAGACAUUUCCGGCGUGGUUAGUCUAGAAGUCAUGCUGUCGAAGCUGAUGGACGGCCAAGUCCAGGCCUUCACACCAGUGGCAGGGGUGCUGCAUGGCGAGUUUAGCAAGGUUUAUAUGAAUGACAGCCUUGGCCGGCUGGCGCAGCUUCUGAAGAAACAACGAUCCGCAGUUGUCCUUCAGACCCAGAAUAUGUUUUUGGGCAACGGCCAGACGGCGACCAAAGAUAUCAUAGUCGGGAUAGCAACGCAGGAAGAACUGCUCUCCUACAUCACGAAGAAUGAGAGACAACACCACAAAUCUGACGAGGAGGACGAGCAAUACCAGUCUUCGAAGAUGCUGGCGAUCAUGGAGACUGAUCCGACCUACCACAGGCAGAAGACGGAUAAAUGGUACAAACGGAAGGCCUCGAUCGUCUCAAACUUCUCUCAGAUGUUCGUCAAGUCGUCCGCGACUCCGAGCGAAGUGCCUCUGGUUGAGUAAACCGCUGGGCUGGACGGAGCGGAGUUCGCCUCUGGCCUCUCGGCAGAUAGUGGGGAGAGGGUUGGUCUGAUCAGGGUGAAAAUGGGUACCGUAGGAGCGGUUCGGAGGACUCGCAAAGAAGUAAAGGCAGUCGAAACAUGCUUAUAUCUUAUAGUGCUAUAUAACUUAUAUACAAAUAGUUGUUCCCUGUUUCAUUGAGUUAUGUUACUUGAUCUUACAUUCAUAAUUUAAUUGGACUUUACGUUUUAAUAUGAUUUUUGUCGAUCAGUUCGGUCCCGGGUACACUGUAAUAAGGCACUUUUAAUCGUCUGUUAUAGCUAAUAUGGCCUCCCCUGUAGGACACAGAGGAAGGCUCAUUACGUAAUGGCAUAGGCGAUCACAGGCUCCUAAAAUGAGGCCUCGCGAAGAUGAAGAGACUUGUUCAGGGAAGCAUAAUGAAUCAUUUGAUGCGUGCGUUAUAGUAUUAGUUAAUCAACUUUUCUUAUUUGUACGUUUGAGUUGUUUGAUUGACAUUACGAACGAAAUGUCAUCACAGAUGUGAUCUUGAGUGAAAAGGGGGAAUCAGAAAGGUGUAUUUGUUUUAUGUUUUUGUGCAUAUUUUAGGCAUAUUAGGUGUGGCAUGAGUGGUAUUCGCAGAUACCCUAUAUUGUAAGUGCAGGCAGACACAAGUAUAUCUUUUUUCAUAUGAGACAUUGCUUCUAAGACUGGCAAAAAUUACCGAACUUGUGUCAUCAAUGUUACAUAAAAUGUCUAGCAACAAACACAUCAAACAUUUUAGCAGCGUAUUGACAUGUUUAUUGUUUAUAUCUGAGCCUCUGAGAUUUUGCGUACGUCUGAGUAAAGAUCCGAUACCAUGCUAAACGACAGCUUUAGAACAGGAGUAGUUUUGAUGGUUUAAACACCAUUCUUUUGUAAAGGGUAUCAUCUGAUGUUUUUAGGUCGAGUGAGACUUUCAUCUUGAAUCUUGAUCUAAAUCAAAAGAUUGUGCUAGAAUCCGAAUGUUUUAUUUAGGAUAGUUUAGCAUCGCAUCCAAACUGUCAAAUUCACGUUUGAAAGUAAGGAUAAGAACUACGGGUCGUCUCUUUCAGGUUUGGUUGUAUAAUCUCAGUUUUCUGCUGGAUGUGUAUUUAUUUUUGUCGAUUUCAGGUUUAAGUAGGGGCCCGGCUGGGUGCACACUAGCCAGUGUUACAUUCUGGGUAAUCAGCAGUUAGCAAGGAAACGCAGUUCGUUUUCGUUGGUUGCGGUCAUGAUGGUGACAAAAAAAUAAAUGAAACAAACUAA